AUGCCAGCCGAUACACAACUCCCACCGCUGUCCAUCCCUUCACCUCCACGGCUGUCCGGGUGCUACUUCUGUUCCCCGCCUGCUUCACUAGCUGAGGUGAAUGUAGAUACUCUGGGAGAGCUGGAGUCAGCGGAGAUGUUGGCAGGUGUUUUAGUUCUGGGCACCAUUCUCACAGCUUUACCAGGUCACACCAUGAAGAGAGUCAUGUGGUUCCGUGUGUCUGCUGAGGGUCGCAGGGAGUUCGCCCAUCACACGGACCCUAACCAGAUCAGCCUGUCAUACCGCGGACGCACGCGCUACAUCGGCGGCAGCUAUUCCAGCUGUUCAGUCCAGAUUCGGGGAGUGAAGUUGAGUGACGCUGGCCAGUAUCACUUCAGGUUCGAGACGGACCAGCCGCUGGGGAGAUGGACCUCCCCAGACACUGUCAGCCUGGAAGUAACAGACCUCCAGGUCAAGGUGCAUCCAGCCAGGCCGUCCAACAUGUUUGGGUUUGGAGAGACAGUGUAUGUAGGCUGCCAGGCGAGGGGAUGUGCCGCUCCAGGGAGGAGCCUGGCACUCUACAGGAGUGGACUAAACCUUGGUUCCUAUGAGAAAUGGAAGACUAUUAACCGCUUUGAUAAGCAGCACAGUGGGGCAUAUACCUGCCGACCGAUCCCACCACAGAAUGUGCAGUCACCGUCCCUCUCACUGACUCUGGGGCAUAGUCCUCACUCCACUGCCAUGGCAGUCUUUCCACUGGGGGAGGUGUCAGAGGGGGGAUCUGUUACUCUGACAUGCAGCAGUGAUGCAGCCCCACCUGUAGAGAGCUUUGCGUGGUUCAAAGACAUGGAAAGUGGCAGCAUCCCAGACAGCUUCAGUCCUCAGCUCCACCUGUCCUACCUCAAAUACACAGACAAAGGAGAGUAUUACUGCGUGGCACGCAACUCACUGGGAACAGAUCGCUCCACAUCAGUCCUGCUGAAUGUCACUUACUCACCAAAGAACACUCGUGUGUGGAUGAGCCCCCACAGAGACAUCAGAGAAGGCUCACAUGUGAACUUGAACUGUGUCAGUCACUCCAACCCUCCUCCCAGCAGGUAUGCCUGGUAUCGUAUCCUUGGUGACCAGGUGGUGACCAAGGGUAAUUUUCAGAACCUGACUUUCCCAUCCGUACGCGCUCACCACGCUGAUCCUCCUAAGAACACUUCAGUCCAGGCUCGCCCCUCUAGUGUGGUGGAUGCAGGCCGACCUUUGACCCUGACCUGCAGCAGUCAGGCAAACCCAGCGGUGGACAACUUCACAUGGCACCGUUUAGCUCUGGAUGGGGGCUCUGUUCAAUCGUGGAGCACCAAAUUAGGGGCUGUCUUCACUUUCUCCGAAGUUAGCCCUGGUGAGAGCGGUCAGUAUUACUGUGAGGCCAGGAACCGAAUUGGAGCCCACAGUUCUCCGGUCCUCACUGUUAGAGUCAGAGGUCGGCUGAAGGUGAUCGCCCUGGCUUCAGCGGUGGGUGUGUCUGCUGGCCUCAUCACUCUAACAGUGGCCAUAAUGAUCAGUAAGAACAUGCACAGAGUGGACACAGAGACCAUAGAAGGUGCAAACAAGCGGCUAUCGGUGUCAACUGACACCAUGUUUUAUGAGUCAGCUGAACAUACCUUCCCACCCAGAAAGGGCAAGAUGUCCGACAUACCAGAGGAACCGGAGGAUUUGAGUGACAGCUCCCAUCCCUCCAUUGUUCCUCUUAAAGAUGCCCCGCCUGUCACAGAAUCUGGAAGCCGCAGCCACGCCUCCAGCUACAUCACUGUCCACUAUUCCAAGUUGUCCAGUGCGGAUCAGGUGCAGGUGCACAACCUAUCUCUGGGAGAUGCUCCCAAAGAGGUGACCCUGACAGUGAACCCGUCAGGAGACAUCAUCAAAGGAGGCGUGGUUCAUUUCACCUGCAGCUGUGACGCCAACCCUCCCGUGACCCAAAGUGGAUACAGUCUGUACCGGGAUGGAGAGUUUAUCGGUUCAGGGCAAAAGCAUGUUAUCGCUGACAUCCAGCCCAGCCACAGUGGACGAUACCGCUGCCUGGCCUGGAAUAAUAUCAGCUGGAGAGGCAGGUUCUUCAUCAGUUCCACAGCGAUUACCCUUGAUGUCCAAUAUGGCCCUAUGAACAUUUCGGUAUCAAUGGAACCACCAACAGUUGUUGAGGGGGCCGGUGUGAACCUGACGUGCAGCAGUGCUGCUAACCCUGCAGCAGAUAACUACACCUGGUACAAGAUGACAGCGUCCCAAACCUCCCAAAAAAUGGUGCAGGUAGGCUCAGGACAGGUGCUGUCACUGGCCUCCGUGGAGGCAUCCCACACAGGUUUUUACAUCUGCAAAGUCAGGAACAGCCUGGGAGAAAACAACUCGACUGAGGCUUUCAAUUCUCAUGAGGAGGAGGUCACCUAUUCCACAGUAACCAUCAAAGAAAGAAACCCGAGUCCUCCCAGCCACAUGAACAGGUCCCGGUCAGCAAAAGUGAACAAAGAUGACAGUUCUGUGAUCUACGCCUCUGUAAACAAAUCCAGCUGAGCUUCCUCAUGAUGUCAUGUUGUUACUCUCUUGAUAUUUAUUAAGUAUUUUAGAUACAUUUAACAUUGACCUUAACACAGCUGGUCUUUUAAGUUAGGGCGUAAUAAUCUGUUUUGUAUUAACAUGUAUUUACGAUGCUGUUUUGUAAUGUUCUGUUUCCAGAAGCUGAUGCUCACAAAUCAUCUCAAAAAACAACUGCCAAUGUUCAUUCAGCUGAUCUGAUGAUAUUUGACAAUAUUUAAUAUUUGCAUAUUUUUUCUGUACUAUUGUUGUGACCUUUGUAAAUAUUCUCAUGAAGUUAUUUUUUUACACAGUCAAAAGUCGUUUAUACAAAUAUUUUUAUUUCAUUCAACUUUCAAUGCAGAAACUUCCAUUGUGCAGUAUGUAUUUUCCAUGUCCACUGAAUAGCUAUAAAAACAUACAUUAAUUAAUCUGUCGGUGGAGUCUUUAAAUGACUUUUGUUAGCAUGGUGAACUGUUCAAACUACUGUGACUUCUGU